UUUCUUCUUUUUCCUGUUUUCUCUAGGUUUAACUAUAGAUCAACACAUCACCUUGCGUCCCAUGGGUUCUAUGAAUUUUUAAAUUGGUUUGAUGAAAGAGCGUGGUAUCCACUAGGAAGAAUAGUAGGUGGUACUGUUUACCCAGGGCUGAUGAUAACAGCCGGCCUUAUCCAUUGGAUUUUAAAUACAUUGAACAUAACAGUUCACAUAAGAGAUGUGUGUGUGUUCCUUGCACCCACUUUCAGCGGCCUUACAUCUAUAUCUACUUUCCUGCUUACCAGAGAACUUUGGAACCAAGGAGCGGGACUUUUAGCUGCUUGUUUUAUUGCUAUUGUACCAGGCUACAUUUCUCGGUCAGUAGCUGGAUCCUUUGAUAACGAAGGCAUUGCUAUUUUUGCACUUCAGUUCACAUAUUACCUGUGGGUAAAAUCUGUAAAAACUGGGUCAGUGUUUUGGACAAUGUGCUGCUGCUUGUCGUAUUUCUAUAUGGUCUCUGCUUGGGGUGGUUAUGUGUUUAUUAUCAACCUUAUUCCACUACAUGUAUUUGUGUUAUUACUAAUGCAGAGAUACAGCAAGAGAGUCUAUAUAGCAUAUAGCACUUUCUAUAUUGUGGGCUUAAUAUUAUCCAUGCAGAUACCCUUUGUGGGAUUCCAGCCGAUCAGAACAAGUGAACACAUGGCAGCUGCAGGUGUCUUUGCGCUGCUGCAAGCCUAUGCCUUCUUGCAGUAUCUGAGAGACCGAUUAACAAAGCAGGAGUUCCAGACCCUGUUCUUCCUGGGAGUCUCGCUAGCUGCCGGCGCUGUGUUCCUCAGUGUCAUCUAUUUGACUUACACAGGUUACAUUGCGCCAUGGAGUGGAAGGUUUUACUCCUUGUGGGACACUGGGUAUGCAAAAAUACACAUUCCCAUCAUUGCAUCAGUGUCUGAGCAUCAGCCUACGACUUGGGUGUCUUUCUUCUUUGAUCUACAUAUUCUCGUGUGUACCUUCCCAGCAGGCCUGUGGUUCUGCAUUAAAAACAUCAACGAUGAAAGAGUAUUUGUCGCUCUGUACGCCAUCAGUGCCGUCUACUUCGCCGGCGUGAUGGUGCGGCUGAUGCUGACCCUGACCCCGGUCGUCUGCAUGCUGUCUGCAAUCGCCUUCUCCAACGUUUUUGAGCACUAUUUGGGGGAUGACAUGAAAAGGGAAAACCCACCUGUGGAGGACAGCAGUGAUGAGGAUGACAAGAGAAACCCAGGAAAUUUGUAUGAUAAGGCAGGUAAAGUGAGGAAGCACGUAACCGAGCAGGAGAAGACUGAAGAGGGCUUGGGCCCCAACAUAAAGAGCAUCGUCACCAUGCUGAUGCUCAUGCUGCUGAUGAUGUUCGCGGUCCACUGCACCUGGGUCACCAGCAACGCCUACUCCAGCCCGAGCGUCGUCCUGGCCUCUUACAACCAUGACGGCACCAGGAACAUCUUAGAUGAUUUUAGAGAAGCGUACUUUUGGCUAAGGCAGAACACAGAUGAACACGCCCGUGUGAUGUCUUGGUGGGACUACGGCUACCAGAUAGCGGGGAUGGCGAAUAGGACCACGCUGGUGGACAACAACACCUGGAACAACAGCCACAUAGCACUGGUGGGAAAAGCUAUGUCUUCCAAUGAAUCGGCAGCCUAUAAAAUCAUGAGGAGCCUGGAUGUAGAUUAUGUGUUGGUCAUUUUUGGAGGGGUUAUUGGCUAUUCUGGUGACGACAUCAACAAGUUCCUCUGGAUGGUCAGGAUAGCUGAAGGGGAGCACCCAAAGGACAUUCGGGAAAGUGACUAUUUCACCCCACAAGGAGAAUUCCGUGUAGACAAAGCAGGAUCUCCCACUUUGUUGAAUUGCCUUAUGUAUAAAAUGUCAUACUACAGGUUUGGAGAAAUGCAGCUGGAUUUCCGUACACCCCCAGGUUUUGAUCGGACACGUAAUGCUGAGAUUGGAAACAAGGACAUUAAAUUCAAGCAUUUGGAGGAGGCCUUUACAUCGGAACACUGGCUUGUAAGGAUAUAUAAAGUGAAAGCCCCUGACAACAGGGAGACGCUAGACCACAAACCUCGAGUGACCAACAUUUUCCCAAAACAGAAGUAUUUGUCAAAGAAGACUGCGAAAAGGAAGCGUGGCUACAUUAAAAAUAAACUAGUUUUUAAGAAAGGCAAGAAAAUAUCUAAGAAGACUGUUUAAACACACUGUUCUGGUCCCGAACCUGAAGCAGUUGUCCUUGUGGGAGCCGGUCUUUGCCUUUAGCUCAUGUCGUGUUUCACAGCAGCAGUGGUACAGAACCAUCACUGGUCCAGGCUUAUGUACAAAACUUUCUGGCAAUGCCUGAUUUAAAAAAAUAAAAUUGGCUUAUUGAGAACAGCUGUUUUCGAUUUGUAAUGUGAAGCAAGACAGAGCACUGCUGUGAAUGUCCAACAGCAGAUUUUUUUUUUAUUGGUACAUAUUAUCCUUCAAAUCUGAGAAUUUGGACUAAUUGCACCAAAGAACCCUCUAAUUUGGUCCCUGGCACAUGCACAAUGUUUUCAUUCUUUUACAAGGCCUGCAUUUCAUUUGAAUUACCCAGGUAGCAAUAUGCAAAGUACAAAUGGCAAGAUGCGAUGCAAGCUCCUUGAACUAGUAAACUAGAACAGGUCUGAGAAAGAGGUAUUAGAAAAACAGUGACACUUCUUGAACUGUAUUUAUUUUCAUGUUUCUCCAGCACGAAGACUGUUUCAUCAAAUGUACGUUUUCUGUUGCUCACUGUUUGCUCUGAGAGGAAGAAGCUGCUGUUGCAGAGAUGGGCCUCUCACUGACUGAUUCAGAUAGGUUUGUUGUUGUUGUUUUAUGUUGAAACAUUAUUGCUGCUGUUAGCAUUGUUUGACCAGGUACUUACAGAGCGGAUCUCAUACGUUGUUCAUUCAAGGGCUAAAUUCAUAUCCUUUGGGAACCAUGCGGCUGCACAGAACGUUGCUCACAGGUCGGGGCUGGCUGGCUUAGUGCGGAGGUCAGCACCGUGCUUACACGCAGGAGGAGGAAACCCUUAGAGCGGACAGGUGUCCGGAGUUCAUUUUGUGUGACUCCUCCUGACGAAGGAUUUGUAAACUUUGCCCGGAUUUCUGCCAUUUUUAUAAGUUUUCAUCCAUGACAGCGAUUUUGGCCUCUGUUCCACAUUUUGUGAAUCCCUUAAGCAUUUGAUGAAACACUCUUUAAUGCUAUAUGCAUUUUCUUACUUUUAUUAAAAAUGUGACAGUUGUCAAAAAAAUGCACUAAAAUGUAAAUGGAGAUUGAACAUGUUCACUUUCCAGCUUAUAGGCAACUUUAUAUAGACUUGAAAAUUUUCUCCUGUUUAGUGAAAGAGAAAGGGGUUUUCCCGCCACAGGAUAUAACUUUUUUUUAUAUAAACAAGCAUAACUUACACCACUGCUUUCGGUGGGAAAGUGCAGAAUAGUAUGUACCUUUUUUGAGGAAAAGUGUAAUUUACAAUAUUCACUGAGAAUGUUACUGCUGAUUUUCUUUUCCAAAGUGUAGAAUAUUGAUUUAUAGAAUUCAUUUUUGACCCAGAUGAUGGUUCUUUUACAGACCAAUAAAAUGGUUAAACAUUUUCACAAAUAAGGUGUAACUGAAUCUGAAUUUCUGAUACCUUGUCAUUUGGGGGAUUUUAUUUUACUUUGUUGCUUUAAAAUUCAAUGCAGAGAAGUUGUUGACUGUAGGGGAAAUAAAGUUAAUUCAACUUUUGUGUUAA